AUGAGCCUCCUUUACAUGUUGAAGUUCAUCCCCUCGGUGACGACCACCGACGAGAAACGGGUCUACUUCUACGCCAUCUCGCACGUCUCCAUCGACACCAACCUGGACCCCGCCGAGGAUGUUGGUUCACCUCGCGCCCUCGCCGUGCGCCAGCCCCGCGACGGCCGAGGCGCUGACGAGCUGGAAGACGAUCCGGUUCUUCAGCGCGGUGUUCCGGCUGAUGGUGGAGGCGCUGGCGGGCAGCAACAACACCGACGACCCCGUCACGUACGCCCACGCCGAGCUGCUCAAGGACGGCACGAGGCCGGACAUGGCCGCGUGCGCGCUGCUCAUGCCGCUGGCGAUGAUGCGUGGUGCGGUGGAUUGGUUUCUGCGGCGCCGCCGCGAGGUGAUGAGGAGGUGCGCGCUGGCGGAGGAGAGGGGGGUGAGGUGCAUGUAUGGGCGGCGGCGGGGGUCGGGGGUGCUGGGGAUGGAGGAAACCGUGAAGGAGUGGGAUGCGGUGGUGUUUUAUCGGAGGCUGGAUAG